AUGCUGCUGCCCCGUCUGCUGGGCCGCGCCUCCUGCGGUGUACGUACACCUCAGCAGUGCGCAGGCCUGCAGCAGCAGCAGCAGGGGCGGCCGCUGCAGCAGCAGCUGCAGCAGCAGAACCAGCGGCUGCAGCAGCGCCAGCGGCCGCAGCAGCAGCAGCCGCUGCAGCAGCGCCAGCUGCUGCUGCAGCCGCAGCAGCCGCUGCAGCAGCGCCAGCGGCUGCUGCAGCCGCAGCAGCCGCUGCAGCAGCUGCUGCUGCAGCCGCAGCAGCCGCUGCAGCAGCCGCUGCUGCUGCCUCCGGGCCCGCGGUGUACGUACACCGCGGGCCCCACAAGAGAGGCGCGGAGGCAGCGGCGGCCGCCGCUGGCGGCGGAGAUUUGCUGCUCGCAGCUGCCGCGGCUGCAGCGGGUGCAGCAAAUGGGCCCCGAAGAGCUGCUGCAGUGCAUGCAGCACUGCAGCAGCAAACAGCUGCUGCUGCGGCGGCUGUGGGAAGGGUUUAUGUACCGGUGGUGCGUGCUGCGGGGCGCGGUGUCUGUACACCAGCUGGUGCAGGUGGUGCGGCUGUUUGCUGCAGCACGAAAAAGAGAAUUCAGUUUUAUUAAUUUCAUUCUCGAAGCAAUUCGCAUGCAGCAGCAGCAGCUGAGUCUCAGCGACGCAGUGCUGCUGCUUGCUGCGCUGCAGCGGCUGCAGCUCCGCGACCCGCUGCUGCUGCAGUCCCUGCUGCCGCUUUGCUGCUGCCGCAUAGCAGCAACAACAACCCCACCGCUUUUGGCGCUGCUGGCGCACACUGCAGCAAAGGACGCCUCCGCGCCGCUGCUGCUGCAGCAGCAGCUGCUGCAGCAGAUCUACGUCUCCCUGGCCCCCCGGCUGCAGCAGCAGCAGCAGCAGCAAACCCUCGCGCUGCUCCUUGCUGCCUACGCCCGCUUUGCAUGCGCCAGGGCCGGCGGAGGGCCUUUUCUCCGCUUUGCUGCUGCGCCGCUGAGGUGUACAGACACCGCAGCAGCGGGAGUCGAUCCCGAAACUGAAAACCCCACACUUCCUUUUUUCUCCUUUUUGGAAAUGCUGCUGCAGCGAAUCAGCAGACACAAAUGCAUGCAGCAAAUGAAGACAAAGGACUGCGUCCACCUCUCUGCUGCAGCCGUCCACCUCCACGCAGCAACAGCAGCAGCAGCAGCAGCAGCAGCAGCAGCAGCAGCAGCAGCGCCAACGCAGCAGCAGCAGCUGCCCCUCGAGCCAUUCGUGUCUUCUUUGCUGCGGAGAGUGAUGGACUUGCGUUUUGAAUUUGCGCCCAAAGAUCUCUCGCUGCUGCUGCCCGCGCUGCUGCACCUGCCCGGGGCCCCCCCGCUGCAGCAGCAGCAGCAGCAGCAGCAGCAGCAGCAGCAGCAGCAGCAGCAGCAGCAGCAGGACCCGCUGGUGGCGAGGGUGGUGGGGGCCGUGCUGGAUGAGAUCAGGGCGAGGGCGGGAGAGUUCACUGUAGAGACAGCAGCAGCAACUCUGCAGCACGUAGCAGCAAUGAAGAAUCCCGCCCCACUGACAGAAGCAGCUUUGCUGGUCCGUCUGUCUGUCUCGAUUCCGACAGCUGCUAAUGAGCGAGCUGGAGUGUCUAGACACCUCCCGCUGCUGCAGCAAAUAGUGCAGCGCGUGGCGCUGCCCUCAUCUCUCUCUCUGCAGCUGUUCCUGCCGGCGCUGCUGCCGCUGCAGCGCAGCAGCAGCAGCAGCAGCAGCAGCAGCAGCUGGGGGGAAGAAGAUGCAGUGGAAGCUGACUCGCAGUGGAAGCCCCCCCGCGUUGGCGCAGAGGCGGCAGAGCUGGCAGACACACUUCAGCAGCAGCAGCAGCAGCUGCUGCAGCAGCAGCAGCAGCAGCAGCAGCAAGAGCAGGAGGAAGAGGACGAGCUUGCUUUAGACGACAAUGAUGAGGAAGCCGCAGCAGAAGAUGCCUCAGCAGAGACAGAAGGAUCAGCAGCAGCAGCAGCAGCAGCAGCAGCAAGAGCAGCAGCAAUAGCUGCUGCUAAUGCGAACAGAGCUGCCUUUCGCCUUCCUGCUGCUGUUGCAGUUGGAAAAGCUUUUUCAACAGUUCUGCGCGUGAAGGGGCUAUCCACACAGGGUUUAGAAGAGGGAGUCGCCUUCGCGCCAAGGCAGGAGCCACUGCAGCAAAGAAAAGACAUAAAAACUAAAAAGACAAAAAGUGUUAACAGCAGCAGCAGCUGCUGCAAAGAUAUUGAGCCUAGACGACAGCAGCAAAAUGAAAGAGGACAAGGGCUGGCAGCAGCAGCAGCAGCAGCAGCAGCAGCAGCAGCACCUUGA